CGUAGGUGAACAAGCUGAAGCAGAAGUCACACGCCAAGAACGAGAGAUAGAAGCGUCGUCCCAAGCUGAUAAUCCUGACAUGAAAAGAUCGCGCGCUCCACCUCCACAUUCAUCGCUAGAAGUGACCGACGAUUCAGCUUCAUCGGACGUCCUACGACCACCCAUCCUAUUCGAAGACGUAAGUACAGGUCGACAACGUCUUCUCGGUACAGUUGUGCCUUCACUGGAGAGGAUACCUGAAGAACCUUCCUUGUUGGAUCGCAGUUCUGUUGUGCAUGAGGCGUCUACCGCAGUCCUGCCUGGAGUGGGUGCUCCCUCAGAUGAAGCGACUUCUCCAUCUUUCAAGUCCUCCACACAUGUUGUAGUCGUGAAUCUGACACAACCACAACAUCAUCAACUGCCACAACAUCAACUGCCAGAACUACAACAAAAUCCU